CUUCUAUUUUUCCUGUAGGCAGGGAUGACAACUGAAGACAUAGAUGCACUUGUCCAUAAGAGAGUAAUUGAGAGUGGAGCAUAUCCAUCACCACUGAAUUAUCGGGGAUUUCCAAAGAGUGUUUGCACAAGCGUCAAUAAUGUGGCAUGUCAUGGAAUCCCCAAUAAACGGCGACUUGUAGAUGGAGACAUUGUUUCAGUGGAUAUCACAGUAUUCUCUAAUGGAUAUCACGGUGACUGCUGUGAAACGUACUUAAUUGGAAACGUAGAUGAAGCUGGUAAGCACUUGGUGAAUGCAGCGCGCAGAUGUCGGGAUGAAGCAAUAGCCAUAUGUAGGCCAGGAGUUCCAUUUUCUGAUAUAGGUGCAAAAAUAGAGGAGACAGCUCAAAGGGAAAAUGUGACACUGGUCCCUUGCUUUACUGGUCAUGGAAUUGGACAGUAUUUUCAUGGUCCACCUGAUAUAUACCACUGUUAUAAUGAUUACCCAGGGACAAUGGAGGAAGGAAUGACCUUCACAAUUGAACCAAUAGUAGCCCAAGGAUCAGAAGAGGUUAUCAUUUUAGAAGAUGGUUGGACAGCUGUUAUGCUUGACAAUGGGCGUGCUGCUCAGUUUGAGCACACUAUUCUUAUCACAUGUAAGGGUAAUGAAAUUUUGACUCAGUACCAUUAAUUAAGAAUUGUGUAAAUGUUGAAAAAGAAAUUUUCUGUAAAUAGUGGCACAUAGCCAAAAUAGAUAACUUACCUUUGUCACCAAGACAUUUAAACCUAUGUGGAAUUAUUCUGAUUUACUAAUGUUGCAUUUUAAGAUUAAAUCCUUUUCAAUAAAGAUAAGUCAAAA